CCUUGCUCUUCUGCGGCCGUUCUUUUAACGGUGUCACCGGUUUUCCCAUUGUGGCUACUCGAAACACAGUUGCCCACCGGAGAGAUCCCCAGCUCCGGUAAUUCCUUCCAGACCGCCACCAACUCCCAGGCAACUGUUGUUCCCGGUGCCUCUGUUGAUACCCCUACGUUGGCGUCGAUCUUUUCCGAGGUUGUGCCAGUAUGUCCGUCAAUGGAUAUACUUAGGCCUCCGGAGCGGGUACAGCAGAGACCUCGCACGCUGUUUGAUUCUAUCCCAAUUACGCCGUCUUCUAUCUACGACGAAUUUUACAGCGUGGGAGGUCCGUUGGUAUCGGUAGCGUUGGCGGAGGAGCCCGAAUUGAUCUUGGGUCUCUUGCCUACAUGGCUCCAGGCAAUACUCUCCCCGGUUUCUGAGGAGCUCGAACCAACUCGGAAUCUGCGGUCGAUUUGCGGACCAUGCUUUUCAAGUGGUGGGGUCCAAGAGGAUGCCACUGAGGAAUCGGAGGCCCUCUUGGUAUCCCCCUCACCUCCGUGGUCGUACCAGGAAAGCGUUGACCGGUCCAAUGAGGAACCCAGGCUGACCGACACAGUUAAUAGGAAAAGGGCCCACGAAGACAACAGCGAAGAAGAUCGGGCAGCCCCCAUGACACCUGCGGCAAACAAGCGCCGGAAUUUGGGGCCGCCAGGAAGUACCCCCUUUGCCAAUCGGCGUACCCCCCUUUCGCGCCGGAUUCAGACCAGGGCGGCCCCUUUCUCUGCAAGACUUGCUCGUCGAGAAGCCGAAAAACAUGGCCGGAUUGAAUCGACACUCUUCCGCCUUCCCGACUAUCUCCGUCAGCUAGAGGCCGACCGCCAGAAGGCAGAAAGAGCCCCUUCGAGUCCGAGUCCACAGCUUCCACAAACGACAUUUGACUUCACGAUGGAAACGAACUUGCCAACCAAUCAAAGCUCAGCAGACAAAUCUUCUGCACCUCAAGAACCAUCGACACCGGGGAGAAACACGCCAGAAACUCCUCAGCGUGGAUGGAAUCUACGUGGACUGCUCAGCUCUGUACCCCGUUCCUUCUCGCGGUUACUACCGUUUGCUCGGCCUUCUGAGAGCUUGGAAGAUCAGUCGACGAUCGAACCAUCAUCAGAACGUAUUACUCGCACAAGAUCUCUUAACCCUGAAUCAGCUGGUCCUCAGACCGAAGGACGAUCUCGGUGGCGUUUGAGUGAAAGGCCCUCGCAGCCUCCAAAGAAACGUGCCCGUAACUUGUCUUACUCACUUUUCCCGGCUCCUAUCGACAGAUCUCUUUACCUUGGUGACAUUCCUAAGUCUUCCACAGCGCCCCCAGAGGCGGCUGCCCCGGAUUCGCACCGCACUGAACAGGCGCAGGCGCAGAAACCUGAGUCUCAGCAGACUACAGCAUCAGAUGAACAAGCUAAACCACGUGAGACCUCUCAAGAGAUUAGUGAUGCGGAACAAAGGAAGCGCAAGCGGUCUCCAUCGCCUGAUGUGAUUCCCAACCCAGCCGGAUCUAGCUAUGGAUUGGACUUGGAUUAUUUCUGUUAUAGCUCUGAAAGUGAAGAUGAGGCAGCAGAAACUCCAUCUAAACAGAGCGAACGCAAGAAGGCCGAUGGUCUAGCGAAGUCUGUGGCCCGCAGUGCCCUCCGUGCCGAGCGACAGUCAUCCAAAAAGGUGCGUUUUGAUGCAAGCCCAGAAGACACUCCUUCUAAGCUUCGCUCGCGUGCUCGUGCUACUGAUCCCUAUCGCGGAACACACUUCGUUGGAAUGGGUAGUGAUUCACCAACACCACCUGCUCGCACUGAGCAGCCUUCUCAGCGGCAUCCGGGAUUCGUCCCCAAUACCCAAGGUACUUUCCAGCUCGACUAUGACACAGUCUCAGAUGACUCUGAGACUACUGCCCUGUCCUCGUCAACAAAUGUUAUCGCCCCUAGCCCCUCCCAAGCCGCACGGGAGGAAGAUGGGCGUGCUUCUACACAACCUGAAGGCCAUGAUGCUCAAUCUCCUGCAUCUCGCCAUACCUCUCGGGCUCAGCCAUCAACCCCGGGUAAAGUGGACGAGGAAGCCCUUGCGAGAGUGCGGUCCCAAGCAGAGAAAUACAAGCCGAAGACUCCUAGUGGUCUCCGUACUGCAAGCCGAUAUGCUAGUCCAUUGACUGCCACGCCCGAUACUGUUGCCUCCAAGCAGACAACUAAGAAAUCCGAUUUAACUCCACAGCCUGGUAAGGCUGACGAACCAGAAAGCUUCGGUGAUGAUGAAUUCGCCCGUGAUGCGGAAUGGCUUUAUCAGAAUUGUCCCUCUGGAGACCUCAGCCAACUCAAGUGGCCCGCCAGGCAAAGCUAUGAGGAGAGCCUUGGUGUCAGUUCUACCUCCAUGCAACUCCUUGCUACGAUUUGGGACGACGGCGAGAUCGAACCAGCGUACCUUGCUUUUCGCCAGAGUUUCGAAGAAUUCAAAAAGACUUUGAAAUGAAGUUGUGACUAUCAUUGAUUGGAACGAUAUCUGCUCUCCUUCCCCCUUUUACGUUGUUUAUGUUUAAGUGGUUUUUCUUCAACCUUUUUACUUGUCUGAUUCUCCACAUUCCUCGUUCGAGGUAUAUAGAUG